AUGAAGGGCGCCUACACCCACCUCAAGGACGCCUCCUCCUGCAUCUACGGCGAGGCCUCCACCUUCUACCAGAGCCUCGACUUCGCCGCCGUCCUCAACUGCCAGCGCCGCCCGGUCAUCGCCGACCUCCCCCCAGAACGCGUCGAUGACGACCAGAUCGGAAAGAUCCCCUUCUGCUGCAAGAACGGCUCCUUACUCCCCCCCACCAUGAAUUCCACCAAGUCCAAAGCCAUCUUCCAGCUCCUCGUCUUCAAGAUCCCCCCGGACAUGAACCGCACAGCUCUCUACCCCCCAAAGAACUGGAAGAUCGCCGGCGUCCUCAACCCAGACUACCUCUGCGGGCCGCCGCAAAGGGUCAGCCCCAUGGAGUUCCCGGACCCUUCAAGGUUGGACGCCGUCUCCACCGCCGUCGCGAGCUGGCAGGUGGUCUGCAACAUCACCCGCCCCAAGGCCAAGGCCUCCCGCUGCUGCGUCUCCUUCUCGGCGUACUACAACGACUCCGUCGUGCCGUGCGGCACCUGCGCCUGCGGCUGCGCCGACGGGCUCGUCUGCGACGCCGACGCGCCGCCGCUGCUGCUCCCCUCGGAGGCCCUCCUCGUGCCGUUCAACAACAGGACAGCAAAGGCCAAAGCCUGGGCCAGUAUCAAGCACCGGCCUGUGCCAAACCCUCUCCCCUGCGGGGAUUUCUGCGGGGUCAGCAUCAACUGGCACAUCUACUCCAACUACAGAAAUGGGUGGACGGCGAGGAUCACCAUCUUCAACUGGGAGGGGUACACAUUCAAGGACUGGUUCGCCGCCGUCCAGCUCCGGCGGGCCUUCCAGGGUUACGAGCGCGUCUACUCCUUCAACGGGACGAAGCUGCCGGAGCUGCACAACACCCUGUUCUUCGAAGGGCUCCCGGGGUUGAACUAUCUGAUGCCAUUAUCAGAGGACAAGGACCAGUCCGGUGGGUCGAGAGUGCCCGGGAAGCAGCAAUCGGUGAUCUCUUUCACCAAGAAGCUCACCCCCGGGAUAGACAUAGAGGCCGGAGAUGGGUUCCCUUCUAGGGUUUACUUCAAUGGCGAGGAGUGCGCUCUACCCACCGACAUACCGAGAGCAGAUGCAGGUCGGGGCCAUUGCGGCCUCUCUGUCGUGGUUUCGCUCACGGUGAUGGCCGUGUUGUUGUUGACCGUGGAUGGCCUCUUCUUCUUCUGA